GUAGCUGACGUAAUCAAGAAGUUUGUUGACGGCUUGUGCAAGCAAGAAAACCAGAGCUGCCCAAGGUUGAUCUGAAUAUAUAGAGCUCGUUGACAACAUUGAUAGUUCUGUAACCCUUUAAAGUAAUAUUUAAAGACGGUUGUAAGUAACAUACAGGGAAUCAAAAUUCAAACAGUUUACUUUUUAGUAAAAUGGUGGACCGUACUGUGAGUAUUAUCGAUUUGUUAUUGCAGUAAAAUAUUAUCCGUAAGUUACAUACAUUGUACAUAUAGUAACACAUAUCUAUAGUGGGUAAGCCCUAGAGUGUCGUACGUGUUAUUCAGUGUAGGCCCAAGCAUAUGUUAAGUGACCUAGUGUAAUGUGAGCAUGCACAGAUUUGUAAUGUUUCAACACUGACCGGAACGGGUUGUAGUUUUUUUUUACCACUGUCCUGUUUUUUCAUGAGCUUCAACCUGGACAGGUUGGGACUACAUGGUUUUUUUUAAUAGUUUUUUUUUUUAACAAUUGCUUUUUUAAAAAGAAUUUGCCAGAACAUCCAGCAGGCUACAUCUGAUAAGCAUGUAUAUUUAUAACACAAUAAAACGAAAUAUAAGUAAUCCCACUUUGCAUCAGGAUAAAGUAAACCCCGUAAAAGAAAUGUUUAAAAAAUAAUAUAAUCCUCCCGUUUUACUAAAUCAACGUAAUCAGUCAUCUCUUUAUGUCGGCACACCCAAGGCAAAAAACGGAUUUUAAAUGUUAUAUGUGUCUUGGUUUUAAAUGUCGAGUUUUGUAUGUCCUGUUAUAAUGUAUUAUUUUAAUGUCCUAUUUUAAAUUUGAAAAUUUUAAAAUUCAUUUCAAAAAAAAAUUUUGAGUAUUGGUUCCUUAUUUGAUACUCUAUGUCAAUGACUUCAACCAAAUGGUAGCCAACAAGUCGGUUAACUCAUGCUUACAUGUCUGAUACUCUGUGUCAAUGACUUCAACUAAAUGGUAGCCAACCAGUGGAUUAACUCAUCCUUACAUGUCUGAUACUCUGUGUCAAUGACUUCAACUAAAUGGUAGCCAACCAGUGGAUUAACUCAUCCUUACAUGUCUGAUACUCUGUGUCAAUGACUUCAACUAAAUGGUAGCCAACCAGUGGAUUAACUCAUCCUUACAUGUCUGAUACUCUGUGUCAAUGACUUCAACUAAAUGGUAGCCAACCAUUGGAUAAACUCAUGCUUACAUGACAGAUACUCUGUGUCAAUGACCUCAACUAAAUGGUAGCCAACCAGGGGAUUAACUCAUGCUUACAUGUCUGAUACUCUGUGUCAAUGACUUCAACAAAAUGGUAGCCAACCAGUCGGAUAACUCAUGCUUCCAUGCUUGAUAUUCUAUGUCAAUGAUUUCCACUGAAUGGCUUUGCUUCCUCUCCGGGGGAGGCGUUGCGUUACCUCAACCCACCGUUCGGUGAGUGGUUCGGUCUGGACUGCGUCGGGACGAAACGGUCGCCUAGGAUCGGCUUUCUCAGGGCCGCAUGUUUUUAAUCCUCAGCAAGGGUUUGUUGUUGUUUUUUUAAAGAACCCAAGCCUCAUAUCCAUUAUCGGCGACACGUCAUCAUGUUAGCGCGUAACUUCCAUUGCGUAGGAAGUCAUGUGUUUGACUGGGAUUUUUUAGCUUCAGAAGGAAAAAUUCCCCACUACAAGUCGGUCACGCCACGAAGAGGCAAAAUCCCAUGCAACACCACUCGAGCAAGUGGUGCUGAGCAGCGACCUCACAGAGCUCGGUCUUUGCCCGACCGUGAGCACUCUACUAAUUCAUCCGAAUGUUCUCAUAGUCUAUUUGCCAUAGGAGUAGAUUCUAUUCCUUCUUUGAGUGCUUUCCACGGAUUCUUGAACUGGACAAUUUAAAAGUGAUUUAUUUCUUUACAUUUAACUUAGCUAAAACAAUUUCCCAGAAUCAUUUUUGUGGCCUUUUGCAGUAGAAUAUAUCUUUGAAACAUGUCUGUUUAGCCUUGUUGCCUACGAGUGAAUUCAUACCGCGUACACUAUUUAUAUAUUUCAGCCAAAGGCACGGCCGGUGGGUCAAGGUCAAGGUCAAGGUCACACCAUGUUCACCAGAGCGCGACGUUUUCUGCAGAUUUCAAGGAAGCAUCCAGCGGUAAAUAAAUUAUUUAUUCAUGCAGUGGCGGAUUGUGGAAACAGGUCAAUAGGGGUUACCAAAGACACAACAGGGCUUAGUUUUAAAAAAAAAAGAAAAUAUAUGCAAUAUUUGUUGUUAGUCAUCUUUGAUUUCAUAGUGGUGAGUUUUGACAGUUGUUGGUGUUAUCCUUACCUCAUUUCACAAAGCUUUUAUCAUUCAGCCUUUAGCUCACGAAGUAGUUGGCACCCAAGAUUUCAAUCCUAAAAGUCUUUGACAUCCAUACCUCUAAUCACAAAGUUGUUGUCAUCUAUACCCCUGUUUACAAGGUUCUUGAAUCCAUACUUCAAUUCACAAGGUUGUUGAAAUCCAUACCUCAAUCCACAAGUAGGUUGACAUUCAUACUUAAAAUCAAAAUGUUUUCGAUAUCCAUACAUUCAAAAGGUUGUCGACAUCCUUACUUCAGUUCAAGAAGGUGUUGGCAUCUCUUCAAAAAUGUUUCUCUGUCGCUCACUUGAACUUCUGUAGUAAAACUCUUCCUACGAUAAUAAAGACGAAGGUUACUUUAGCCUCAUACCAACUUCCUUUAAAGUGACGUGUAUUUGCAUUUUGAGAGCUCUUGAACUAUCAAUGAGUCUUUAUUUUCCCAUGGUGCACCUCAAAUGGUUAUCUGGAUUCGCCUCCGCCAGCCAAACACUUGGCUUACCAUGUCGUAUUAUCACUAUGUAACACUUACCUUAAUAUUUAUUAAAUUUUACUAUUUGCAUAUCAUCUUACCAAUCAGAUCACUUCCUAACCAUCGUUAACACCUUACAUCACAACUACCUUAUCAUCACAACCACAAUGCCAUCCUCACCGCCUUAUUAUUCUUUCAUUAUCAUACCAUCAUCACCAUCACCACUAUAGUACCACCUCACAAGCUUCUCUUCCUUCCCAGUCUGUCUACCUUACCAUCAUCACCACCUUCCCCAUCAUCACGAUUUAACCAUUUUCACCACCUAGAGAAGACAGUCCCAUCACGAUCAUUAAUUAUCCUGCAGACACAUUAUCAUUUUCAAAGGGAAAUAAAUGCUUGAAAUUGUUUUUAUCUGUCUCUUUGAUAGGUGAUCCCCUUGGUGUCCAUCGUUUCCCUCGCCGUGGGUUUCGGCGUGCUGUACAUUGGCUACUCCCUGGCAACAAAAAACGACCUCAGGUAGAUUCCCCAUACAAAUAUGGUACAAUUUCUUCGUAUUUUAUUGGAUUAAAAUGAAUUAUAAAAAUGCUACACCGCCAAUACAGCUGCCAGGAAAACUAUUUCUCUUCAACAAAUCAGGGUACUUUGGUCUUUUAAUACAUAAAUCUAAAACUAAUUCGUAUUUUAACGUCAACUUCAAGUCAACGAAAACCCCCAGGAGUUUUAAACGACUAACUAGAGCAGUGGUUCUUAACCUGGGUUCGAUCGAACCCCAGGGGUUCGGUGAGUCAGUCUCAGGGGUUCGGCGGAGGUCCAAAAAAAAUCAGAAAAAAAAUAUAUUAUUUUAUUUUUCCUGUUAAGAAGGGUUCGGUGAAUGCGCAUAUGAAAUUGUUUGGGUUCGGUACCUCCAAAAAGUUUAAGAACCACUGAACUAGAGCAUGUUGGUAAAUAAUCAGAUAAAUGUUACGACGUAUUAUGAACUAUCCAAUGCUUCAUAAAUAUGUUCAAUUCUAGACUUAGGGUAAGGUUUGUUUAAGCUAAAUAAAUGCAGUAGUUUAGUAAAACUUAAAUGCGACGGACAUAGUGAAGCAAUACAUAAUUUUAAAUUAUAUAAUGAAAAUAAAUUUUUAAUAUCUUUCAUAGAAAUAUAAUAUAAUUUGACGAAGUCGCUAUUCGUAUCAUAAGUGAGAGGUUGGGAUUAAAAAUCUACUUAAAAUUGUAUUGUUGGGUUUGUAAGACAAAAUGAGGUAUUACAUGAAAGAUAAUCGAAUGGGCUAUAUCUUUGUAGACUUAAUUCUUCAGUUGAACUAAAAUAAACUACCACAAAUGACAUCCGAAUAGCACCGAGUCAAAAUGGACACAGACGCGCAGCGCCGCCAUUCGCACCCGGGUACCAUUAGACUCAAGCGAUCUCAAAGGUGGGAUUGUUUAUAUUGAUGUUGUCAUCAGCGUGGGUCUUUUAUGAUGAAGUCACGAAUUUUCUUCUUCGCUUCAGUUACAUCAAGUCCAGCGUUGGCCGGGGCAUUUUCAACUUCUCCGUAUGAUAUAACUAAUGCGACUAUCAUAAGACUAUUCUAUUCCAUUGUUUGUUUUCAGGCGAGGAAUAAAGCAACAGAUUGACUUAACGGCAAUCGACUCCGCGGCAUGCAGCAAGGUAGGUGAUAACAGUGCACCGUAUUACAUACUCGUGAACUAUAUUACACACUUGUGAUCGAUAUGACACAUUAGUGCACCAUAUUCCAGACUCGUGACCAUAUUACAGACUGGUGAUCAUAUUGCAGAAUUUUGCACUAUAUUGCAGACUUGUGCACCAAAUUACAGACUCGUGACCAUCUUCCAAACUCGUGCACCAUAUUUAAGACUCAUGUACCUUAUUACAGACUAGUGCAUCAUCUUACGUAAUUGUGCACCAUAUUGCAGACUCGUCCACCAUAUUAUAGACUCGAGACCAUUUUCAAGACUCGUGCACCGUAUCAUAGACUUGUGACCACAUUCGAGAAAUGUGCAUCAUAUUAUAGACUCGAGCACAAUUUUACAGAUUCUUGCACCAUAUUACAGACUCGUGGCCAUUUUACAGACUCGUGCUCCUAACCAUAAAACAGACUCGUGACCAUAUAAAAGAAAUGUGCACAAUAGUGCAGACUCGUUCACCAUAUUACAGGCUCGUGACAAUAUUCCAGAAUUAGUGCACCAUUUAACAGAAUUGUGCACCAUAUUACAGACUCCUGCACCAUAUUACAGACUAUUGCACAUUAUUAAAGUCUCGUGCAUCAUAUUGAUAAAUUGUACAUCAUAUUGCAGACUUGUGCAGCUUAUUACAGACUCGUGCAUCAUAUAACCGAUUCGUGCACGAUAUGACAGACUCAAGCACUAUAUUACAGACUAGCGAGCAUAUUACAGACUUGUGCACCAUAUUGCACACUAUCCACAAUAUAACAUACUCGCAACCAUAUUACAGACAUAUGCACACUAUGACAGUUCCGUGAAACAUGUUACAGACUCGAGCACCAUAUGACAGAUUACAGACUCGUGGCCAUAUUACAGACUCGUGACCAUAUUACACACCCAUGACCAUAUUAAAGAAUUGUAACCAUAUUUCAGACUCGUUAAAAUUUUACAGACUGCUGCAGCAUAUUACAGACUCGUAAUCAUAAUACCGAUUCUUGCAUCAUGUUAGAGACACGUACAACAUAUUACAUACUCGUGCACCAUAUGACAGAAUCGUGACCAUUUAACAGACUCGUACACCAUAUUACGCACUCGUGCAUCAUUCUACAGACUCGUGCACCAUAUGAACGACUCUUGAACAUUCUUACAGAUUAGUGCAUCAUAUAACAUAAUAGGGACCAUAUUAUCGACUCAUGCACUCUAUUACAGACUCGCGACCGUAUAACAGACUCGUAACCAUAUUACAAAUGCAUUACCAUUUUAUAGACUCGUGACCACAGUACAGAAUCGUGACCAUAUUACAGGCUCGUGCACAAUAUGACAGACUGAUGCACCAUAUUAUAUAAUCUUGCACAAUAUUAAAUAUUCAUGCAGCAUAGAAGAGAAUCGUGCAGCAUAUUACAGACUCGUGCUGAAAAUGACAGACUCGUGACUAUAUUACAGACUCGUGAUAAUAUUACAGAUAUGUGACUAUAAUACCGAAUCGUUACCAUAUUACAGAUCCGUGCAUCAGGUUAAAGACGCAUGCACCACAUUAAUGACUCUUGAAAACAUUUCAGACUCAUCAACCAUAUUACACACUCGUGCACCAUUUUCAACAGUCUUGACCAUAUUGCACACUCGUGACCACGUUCCAGAAAAGUGAUCAAAUUCCAGACUUGUGUACUAUGUUAAUGGCCCGUUAUCAUCUGACCGACUGGUGACCAUAUCACAGUCCCCUGACUGUAUCACAAGAUUUUGACCAUAUUACAGACUCGUUAAAAUAGUACAGGCUAGUGAUCAUAUUCUAGACUUAUUACAAUAAUAAAAACUCGUGGCCAUAUUCUAGACUCGUGCACAUUAAUUAUUAAAGUCUCGUGCCUCAUUUUACAGAAUUUUUAACCAUAUUGCAGUCGCAUGCACCAUAUAACAGAAUCCUGAUACUUUCCAGAAUACUCUACUCCAGGCACGUGACCGUAUUACAGAUUCUUGACCACGUUACAGACAUGUGGCCAUAUUAAAAACUCGUGUGCAAUAUUACAGAAACGUGCACCAUGUGACAGACUACUUACCAUAUAACAUACUCGUUAACAUAUUACAGCAUAUUAGAGACUCUUGCCCCAUAUGACAGUCUCGUGACCAUAUUAAAGCCUCACGACGAUAUUACAGACUCAUGCACCAUAGUACAGCCUCACAACGAUAUUACAGACUCAUGCACCAUAGUACAGCCUCACGACGAUAUUACAGACUCAUGGACCAUAGUACAGCCUCACGACGAUAUUACAGACUCAUGUACCAUAGUACAGCCUCAAGACGAUAUUACAGACUCAUGCACCAUAGUACAGCCUCACGACGAUAUUACAGACUCAUGGCCCAUAGUACAGCCUCACGACGAUAUUACAGACUCAUGCACCAUAGUAAAGCCUCACGACGAUAUUACAGACUCAUGCACCAUAGUACAGCCUCACGACGAUAUUACAGACUCAUGCACCAUAGUACAGCCUCACGACCAUAUUACAGACUCAUGCACCAUAGUACAGCCUCGCGACGAUAUUACAGACUCAUGCACCAUAGUACAGCCUCACGACGAUAUUACAGACUCAUGCACCAUAGUACAGCCUCACGACGAUAUUACAGACUCAUGCACCAUAGUACAGCCUCACGACGAUAUUACAGACUCAUGCACCAUAGUACAGCCUCACGACGAUAUUACAGACUCAUGCACCAUAGUACAGCCUCACGACGAUAUUACAGACUCAUGCACCAUAGUACAGCCUCACGACCAUAUUACAGACUCAUGCACCAUAGUACAGCCUCACGACGAUAUUACAGACUCAUGCACCAUAGUACAGCCUCACGACCAUAUUACAGACUACUGCACCAUAGUACAGCCUCACGACGAUAUUACAGACUCAUGCACCAUAGUACAGCCUCACGACCAUAUUACAGACUCAUGCACCAUAGUGCAGCCUCGCGACUAUAUUACAGACUCGUGCAUGAUAUUACGGACCCGCCACUAUGUUUUAGACCUGUGCAAAAUAUGACCGACUCAUGGACCAUGUUAAAGUGUCGUGACCAUGUUAAAGUGUCGUGACCAUGUUAAAGUCUCGUGACCAUGUUAAAGUCUCGUGACCAUGUUAAAGUCUCGUGACCAUGUUAAAGUCUCGUGACCAUGCUAAAGUCUUGUGACCAUGUUAUUUGCUCGUGACCAUGUUAAAGUCUCGUGACCAUGUUAAAGUCUCGUGAUGUUAAUGGCUCGUGACCAUGUUAAUGGCUCGUGACCAUGUUAAAGUCUCGUGACUAUGUUAAUGGCUCGUUACCAUGUUAAUGGCUCUUGACCAUGUUAAUGGCUCUUGACCAUGUUAAUGGCUCGUGAUGAUGCUAAUGGCUCGUGACCAUGUUAAAGGCUCGUGACCAUGUUAAUGGCUCGUGACCAUGUUAAAGUCUCGUGACCUUGUUAAAGUAUCGUGACCAUGUUAAUGGCUCGUGACCAUGUUAAAGUCUCGUGACCAAGUUAAGGGCUCAUGGCCAUUUUAAAGGCUCUUGACCAUAUUACAGAAUUGUGCACCAUAUCUCAGACUUGCGACCAUUUUACAGACUCGUUCACAAUAUGACAGAUUCGGGCACCAUAUUACAGACUUGUGCAGCAUAUUACCGACUUGUGACCAAAUUAUAUACUUGUGUACCAUAUUACAGACUGGGAUUUAUAUUACAGACUCGUGAUUGCAUUUUUGACUCGUGCACCAUAUUACAGACUCGUUACUGUACUACAGACUCGUGUACAAUACAUAAAGUCGUACGGACCAUAAUACAGACUCGUGCACCAUUUCCAAGACUCGUGACCACAAAACAAACUUACGCACCAUAUUACAGACCCGUCACCAUAUUCCAGACUCAUGACUAUCUUACAGAAUCUAGACCAUUUUAGAUGUUCGUGGACCAUAUAGCAGACGCAUGGACCAUAUUACAGACUCGUGCACCAUAUUAGAGGCUCUUGCACCAUAUUAGAGACUCGUGAUCAAAUUACUGAUUCGUUUCCAUAUUACAGAAUUGUGACAAUAUUACAGACUCGUUACCAUAUUAUAGAAGUAUGACCAUAUUGAAGGCUCGUGCACCAUAUUAGAGGCUCUUGCAUCAUAUUACAAUAUCUUGCACCAUAUUAAAGACUCGUGACCAUAUUCCAGACUCGUGACCAUAUUCCAGACUCGUGACCAUAUUCCAGACACGUGACCAUAUUCCAGACUCGUGACCAUAUUCCAGACUCGUGCACCAUAUUCCAGACUCGGGCAGUUUAUAUUUGACAUUAUUUAAUCAUAUUUUCGUAUUAGAGGCAUAUAUGUUCUUUUAUGUUUAAGAACUAGAAAUAACCCGUAAAUCAAUGUGCAACGGCAGUCUAUCAACUUCCCAUCAAUUAAGUUACUGACGAAAAAUGCAACAAAGGAACACACCUUUUUAAUAAGACUUCAAAAUCAUCACUAACUGCUGGUAGUUUUUCUAGAGCUACAGCCAUACACAGAUUCCUAGAGAAUUAUUAUUUGUAAUUUAGUUCUGCCCAUUGUAUAACUAAUUUAAUUUCUUACUCAAAGACUAAAGAUAUGUUGACGUGAUAGAUUGAAUCCAGUGUAUAUUUAACACUUGACCACCCCACGACUCCUUUCACUAACCACUUCUUUUUUUGUCUUUACAUGGAUUCUCAAACUUUAGAUCUACAACCCGAGCCCGAAAAAGGAAAGUCCCGAUCUGGAGGAGCUGAGGGAGAAGCUGUACCGAUCCUAAACAGCGGGCUGGGCCUCUUGGACAGCAGUUGGGCCUCGUGACCAGCUGAUGUAGUUUGAGGAUAUCCCCAAUCUUCCCUGAAGGCCGGAUCUCGACAAGAGAGCUGAUUUUCUUUUUUUUUAUUUAUUUUCAAAUUUUGUUAAAAAGUUCAAGUAGCUAAAUGUCUUUUUUAAUUAUUUUUUUCUAAUCUAAAUCACGGUUUCCUUUAAAAGUAUUGAAAAUAAUGAUCUAUAAACAAUCUUCUAAUGAAAGGCUAGUUUAAAUAUGUUAAACUCAUGGCCUUUGAUCAAUGGACCUCAAUAAACGUGCCCAACCAUUUUUUAUAUGAUUUAAAAUAAGCCUAUGUUUAUAUUUGAUUUGAUUGGUACAAUGAUUUUGUUUAAAUUUGUAAUAAAAUUAUAAUUACUACUUA